UCAUUAUUAGAAAGUGCAGCAACUCUCAUUAAAGGACGCGUGUCCACACAAGCACACGCACACACGCAUGCACUUGAAGCAAAGCAUGGACAGAGCCAGGCGAGCACGUGUUCACACAUUAUUCUGGCCACACAAGGUCCACACAAAAUUCACACAAACUAUUUGCACUGAAUGUACCGUGAUGGCAGUCUAAGAACCAGGUAGGUGAGAUAUGUAACACCUGAAAACGAUGUUACUUGCAGUCAAAAUGGUGAAAGCAGUUCCAGGCUGUCCUGAAGGUGUUUGUGGAGAAUUUCGGAGAAUGACAGGCUCAGCAAUCCUCCUGACCCAAACAUUUUUCUCUGGAGCAAGGUUCCUGGGCGGAGGCCUCUGUGUGUUUUUCUGGGGACUGUUCACAGACUACUGGGCAGACGGUGGGGUUAACUACUAUGGUCUGUGGUACUACUGCAGCCCCAGGUGCGAGAAACAUCCCCCGGCCAUUACACAAGACUGGAUAUUCUUGACGCGGGCCAUGGAAGAGACGGCGUCGCUGCUGUACGCCACAGCUGUACUUACACUUGUACGCCGGAUGUACUGGGGCGCCACCUAUGACCUGACGCACGUGCUGGGGCCUGUAGGCCGUCUCGACAUCCUCAUCGUGCUAGGCGCUGUCCUCAGUCUCAGCGGAGGCUGCUACUUCUACUUCAGCAUCAGUUACCCGCACAGCGUCUCCUGGUCGUGGAUGGCGGCCGUGCUGGGGUCUCUGUCGGCUCUGGCAGGACUCAUCACCUGCAGGACUGACCAGUUUCUCCAGGUGCUGGAGUAUUUGCGACGCACUUCCGGUCCUUCAUGAGCUCUCAAGCGUCCUCUCACCUACCUACUACGCGCCAUGAGCUCAUGUGUAGUCCCGUCACGCAUGCGCAAUCAAGGGCGGAAGCUGUCCUCACCUUUGUCCAAUGAAGUGUCUUUUAUUUGAAGAUAAAACUGAUGUCUAGGCAAAGAUGCUUAUGUGAUUUAAGACAAGUCCUGCACUAGAGAGCUUGCUUGUUUCUGUGAGACAAGUCCAGUGUUGCAGGUUGCUUGUGUGACUGCAAAGCAAGUACAGUGUUACAGGUUGCUAGGUUGACUGUAACAAAAUACAGUAUUAUAAGUUGUUUGUGAGAUAGCAAACCAUUUCUUGUUCAACAGGUUGCUCGUGUGACCGUGAAGCAAGCCGAGCUCUAGAGAGGUUCGUGUGAGCUUUAACCAAGUUCUUUUUCUAUGCUGCUUGCAUGAUUGUGAAACAAGUUCAGCCUUCCAUGACAUUUGUGUGAAGGUGGAAGAAGUUUAGUACUACAGACCAAAUGUCCCUUUGUUUCCCUUCACUGUUCUGUACAGACUGGCUCUAUUCACAGGUUUACAUGAAACAAAAUAGUUUUUCGUUUUCAGCCGUGCAUUGUCAUAAAGCAAGUCCGUUGGACUGGUUCAUCGGUUCAAAUGUCGAUGGCUAUAUUUGCCAGUACAACCUGUACAUUUCUAGCAGUGUUAGUCAUUAAGUACACUGAUCUGUGGGACUGAUUCACCAGUGCAACUAUUUUUGCUGGAACAAUCUGUACAUCUGGCAAUGCGAUGUCAUAAAAUAAAUCAACUACUCACCCUGGUGUUGUGCCUUCGGGAGAAUGUUUGUUUUGCUGAAAAUUUAAAGAGGCUUUAUGACCAUACCUAUAAAUCGACAGGAAGUGAAGUAGCAUUUGUAUGUCGUCAAGAAAUGUGAGGAGAUCGGGACUUCAACUUUAACUUUUGCUCCAAUUUUGUCUCAAACAUAUCUACCCCGCUUACCGUACGUUGAUAAAUUAGUUGCAGACGACAGAGACUGUACGUGGAUUAAAAAUAUACUUUAAUAAAUCGGAAAAAUACUUUGAUAUAAUAUAUUUCAAUGUUUAAUGAACUAAAUCUGUUGUCCUUUUCUCUGUCAGUCUGACUGGCUUCGCUAACCAGUCCGCCCUGUGUUUGUAAGGCGCAACGCUCACCUCUCCUUUU